UAUAGUUUAUAGGGAAUAAACUAAGCCCUUGGUAUAGACCCAUUAUGAUAUGUAGCAAGUUGUGUAGUUUAUUUCUUUCCCCUAUAAUAUAAUUUUCAAUUUGUCAUGGUGACAAUCCCAAGUUCUAAUAAAAUUCUAUAAGCUCUGAGUCAGUUCCCAACUGGGAAUAAUGAUUCUUUGCUAUUCUUUUGCACCAAUUAUGACGCCAGGUAUUUUGUUCAACAACUUUCGUUCUCAAUUCUCCAAUGUUGUUAUUUAAUAUAAGUAUAAACGUUUCUUCAAGUCAAGUUCAUUAUUUAAGAUUAUAUUUAAACUUGAUAUAUAUUCAGUAUACACUACAUUCCUGAAAUCGAAAACUAUAAUCGCUCCACCAUGUCAAUUCCCAGUACCCGAAUUAACAUCCCAAUUAGAACAGACCCUACUUCUAAUCUUGGUUCAUUUGAAUUGAUUGAAACAACAUUAAGAGAAGGUGAACAAUUCGCCAAUGCCUUCUUCACCACCGAAAAGAAAAUAGAAAUAGCCAAAGCCUUAGAUGAUUUUGGAGUGGAUUACAUUGAAUUGACAUCCCCAGUAGCUUCUGAACAAUCCCGUCUUGAUUGUGAAGCCAUUUGCAAAUUGAAUCUCAACGCUAAGAUUCUAACUCAUAUAAGAUGUCACAUGGAUGAUGCUAGAGUUGCUGUUGAAACUGGAGUUGAUGGUGUGAAUGUGGUAAUUGGUACUUCUCAAUUCUUAAGACAAUAUUCUCAUGGUAAAGAUAUGAAUUAUAUUGCUCAAUCUGCUGUUGAAGUCAUUGAAUUCGUUAAAUCAAAAGGGAUUGAAAUCAGAUUCUCAUCUGAAGAUUCAUUCAGAUCUGAUAUCGUCGAUUUAUUAAACAUAUAUAGAACCGUUGACAAAAUCGGAGUGAAUAGAGUUGGGAUUGCUGAUACUGUCGGUUGUGCUAAUCCAAGACAAGUUUAUGAUUUAGUCAAGACUUUAAAAUCUGUCGUCAGUUGUGAUAUUGAAUGUCAUUUCCAUAUUGAUACCGGUUGUGCUAUUGCUAAUGCUUAUACUGCUUUAGAAGCCGGUGCCAAAUUGAUUGAUGUCAGUGUUUUAGGUAUUGGUGAAAGAAAUGGUAUAACCCCAUUAGGUGCUUUAAUGGCCAGAAUGAUCACUGCUGAUAGAGAUUAUGUGUUGUCAAAAUACAAGUUGCAUAAGUUAAGGGAUUUAGAAAGGCUAAUCGCUGAUUCUGUUCAAGUUAAUAUUCCCUUUAACAAUCCAGACCCGACUGAAGAGAGAAGUGAGUAGCUGUAAUUUAGAUAAGUAGUAUAUUGAUAACAUAAAUAGUUAUUAUAAUUGUUGCAACUAAUCUAAUUAUGCUGCAAAUAUACGUAUAAUAUUACUGCGGUAUGGAUGUAUUCCUCAUUGAUUCAAUAUAUUAUUGCGGUGUGGAUUGCACGUUUGGUGCACGGAUGUUGUGACUCAUGGAAAUUAAGGCCCGAAAAUUUAAAGUUCAUCUUAAACAAUAUCGUCAUAAUCUGAAAUUUUUAAUUAGAACCUUUAAAUGGUGUGGGCCAUUGACCUCCUAUUUAAAAGUAUGACAAAUUGAUGGUAAGGAAGUAAGUCUAGAACCAAUCAAUAGUAUGACUUUAGUCAUUAGUUAGUAUAUGAAGAUGAAGUACAGUAUAGUAGUCUAAAUUAUACUAUGAGAACAUUCAUCUCAA